GAAUGGCCACUAGCAAAGGCAUCUGUGACACCUUUCACUCAACUCUUGUGCUGCAUUCUUCAGAUAAGACUUUUCAAGUGCUGCCUAAAUAAGGAAAAAAACCAUGGGGAGGUUAAGCUUGCCUUAAGAGAAGCCUGGCAUAGGCAUUCAACAAGUUGCGCAGAGCACAAGCUAUUUUAUCUUACUGAACUUUGCUGUUUUUCUAACAGAACAAAAAUAAAUAAAUGAGAAUGCUUUAUCAGGAAUCUAGGGAGAAUGAAGAAGAGGAGGAGGAAGAUGAAGAUGAAGCAAAGGUGUUCAUUAAGCCUGUGGUUGAGGACCGAAACAUGGAACUUGCUAGAAGGUGUACUGAGAUGAUAAGUGAUAUACAUUAUAAGGAAGAAUAUGAAAAAUCUAAAGGCAAGUGCACGUUUAUAUCAGACACCCCUCAGCUAAUCCACAUGAAAAACCUCGCUGCCUUUACUUCUGAGGCAAAAUACAAAGCAAGUGCAAAGAAAGAACUUUCCAACUCGCUCUAUCAGCAGAUGCCGGCUACAAUUGACAGUGUGUUUGCAAAACAAGUUAUGCAGCUUCAGAGCAAGGUUCUCUACAAGCAGAAACACGAAGCUGAAAAGGGAUCAUCAAGUUAUGCAAACAUGAAAGAGCCACCAGAUGUAAAGCAUGCCAUGGAAGUCAAUAAAUACCAAAGUAAUGUUUCAUAUAAAAAAGAUCUUCAAGAUACUCAUAGAUACACUGAAGUUUCAAAUAGACCAGACAUAAUGAUGGCGACCCAGUUAACAAAGAUUAUAAGCAACGCUGAAUAUACAAAAGCACGACAAGGAAUGAGUAAGGAACCAACUGUCCUUGGAAGACCAGACUUCAACCAUGCUCAAGAAGUUUCCAAAUUUUUAAGUCAAGCUAAAUACAAAGAGCAGUUUAUUAAGGAGAGGAAGAAUUAUUGCUUCAAUCCUCUUGAAAGUGCUUCUUUCAAGCAAGCUCAACUAGCAUCUGCCUUGGCAAGUAAUGUGAAAUACAAAAAAGACCUAGAAAAUCUUCAUGAGCCAAUAUCUUCCUUUCCAAACCUAUUACAUUUAGAGCAUGUUUUGAAUGCUAGCAAGAUCCAUAGUAAUUAUGAAUAUAAGAAACUCUUUGAGAAAAGUAAGGGGCUGUAUCAUUUUGGACUAGAUACAGCUGAACAAUUGCAUCACAAAGAAAAUGCAGUGCUCCAAAGUCAGGUAAAGUACAAAGAGAAGUAUGAAAAAUCGAAAGGCAAAUCUAUGCUGGAAUUUGUGGAUACACCAACAUACCAAGUUUCAAAGGAUGCUCAAAGGUUUCAAAGUGAGAAAAUGUAUCGAAAAGAAUUUGAAGAUAAAGUCAAAGGAAAAGCAGCUCUGGAUUUAGACAAGACCCCCCAGUUCUUGCAUGUGAAACGUGUUACCAACCUGCUAAGCGAGAAAGAGUAUAGAAAAGAUUUGGAAGAAGGGAUGAAAGGAAAAGGAUUGACGGUGUUUGAAGAUACGCCAGAUUUGAUUAGAGUGAAAAAUGCAGCUCAGAUACUAAAUGAGAAGGAAUACAGAAAAGAUCUGGAAAAUGAAAUAAAGGGGAAAGGAGUUAAGCUUAUUUCAGAAACUCCUGAUAUUCAAAGAGCAAAGAGAGCAUCUGAAAUAGUUAGUGAGAAAGAAUAUAAAAAAGAUCUGGAGACUGAAAUUAAAGGGAAAGGAAUGCGAGUUGGCACUGAUACACCUGAAAUACAGAGAGCCAAAAGAGCAUCUGAAAUUGCAAGCCAGAAAGAAUACAAGAAACAUCUAGAAAUGGAAAUUAAAGGGAAAGGCAUGCAGGUGGGCAUGGAUACACCUGAUAUACAACGAGCAAAAAAAGCUUAUGAAAUUGCAAGCCAGAAAGAAUAUAUGAAGGACCUGGAGACUGAAAUCAAAGGGAAAGGAAUGCAAGUGGACACAAAUAUCCCAGAGAUACAGCGAGCAAAGAAAGCUUCUGAAAUGGCUAGCCAGAAAAAGUAUAAAGAUGAAGCAGAGAAGAUGCUGUGUACCUAUUCUGCUGUGCCAGAUACUCCUGAAAUUGAGAGAAUUAAAAACACACAGAGAAAUAUCAGUGCUAUACUUUACAAGAAGGGGAUAGGUGCUGGCACAGCAGUAACAGAGACUCCAGAGAUUGAACGAGUAAAAAAAAAUCAGCAAAAUAUUAGUGCGGUAUUCUAUAAAGGUCAGGUUGGUAAAGCUACUUCUGUGAGUGUCACCCCUGAAAUGGAGAGAGUCAAGAAGAAUCAAGAAAUUAUCAGCUCGGUCAAGUACAGCAGAGAUCAGCAACAGAUGAAAGGUAGACCUAGUGUGAUUCUAGACACACCUGAGCUAAGGCAUGUCAAAGAGACACAAAACAACAUCUCAAUGGUAGGGUGCAUUAUUCACAUAGGUAGAAUGUUUUAAAGAAAAACAUUUUGCUGUGAGUUGGAUUGUACCCUUCAGUAAUUCAGGUAACAAGCACACUCUACUAAAGCAUAGACUGAUUUUUUCUUACACAGUGGUUGUGAUGGGGUCGGUUUGCUAACUGCAUAUAAAAGUUGUAAUUCCCCCCUCCCUACAAUACUAAUAAAAAUAUUUUCCUAACCGUUCACUGUGUGAUUUCUUGUUGUCCCUCUCUUUUCCCACAUCCCAAAGUUUAACUGGAGAGGGUAACACACACACUGCCUUGUGCUUGUGCAUGUUCCUGGUUUGUGUGUGUAAGUGGAAUUCUGAGUUUAAUUGCUCUGAUUGGCUUAGCUUGCAAGGUUAUGUAUGUGUGAGUGUGUAGUAUACAUGACAGUAUUGGGAGAAGGGUUAAAAUGUAUACAUAUAUCUAUAAUACCUUGGUAUCUUGUACUAAUUUGAGGGUUGGAGCAUUUGUUUUUAUUACUGUUGAGUUUGUAUGAACUAUUACUGUUUUGGGGAGGGUUUUAAUGCCAUCACUUGCACGUGAAUGUAACUGGUUGAUAUUAAUCCUAUUAAAUUGCAUGUGGCUUCUUAUAUGCAUAUAAGAUCUGAUUGUUCAAAAAUAUUCUUAAGGAAAGACCACUGGAAUUUCACAUACAUUGGGCCAUAUACUGACAAGGAAUAGUUGCACGGGCAUAGCAAUCUGCUUGAGUAAUUUGCAAAGAAAAAAUGUAAUGCCCAACAAAAAUGAUGGUGGUAGUGCUUCGUCUUUUGCAGCUUUUAGUACCUCUUGUCAUUGGGCAAUAAAAGAAUUCCUAUUCUUCACUAGGUCAAAU